AUGACGAGCGCCCCGAAAAUGAAGCAGCAGGCGCUCAGCGAGCAGCUCUCCAAGCCGCGCGAGGACCCUGGCAUGUUUGAAAACAUUCCCAAGAUCCCCACAAUAGCAGCCGACUCGGUUGGCCCGAGAGCAAAGGACAAAGUGGUCAUCAUCACCGGGGCCAAUUCGCCGACUGGCAUUGGCCGCGCAUCGGCCCACCAAUUCGCCCGCAACGCCGCCAAAGCAGUCUACCUGUGCGACUACAAGGAUGAAUUCCUAAGCGUGCACAAGCGGGAGAUCAACCAACUCUAUCCCGACGUCGACGUCCAGGUCCGCACUUUCGAUGCUGGCGAUGAGGCCUCGGUCAAGUCGGUGGUAGAGGAUGCCCUGAAGCGCUACGGCCGCCUCGACGUCAUGUUUGCCAACGCGGGCAUUGUCGGCAGCACCAAGCCCUUCUACGACUGCACCGGCGAAGACUUCAUGAAGGUGAUGCGGACCAAUGCCCUAGGCGUCUUCCUCGCCACCAAGUACGCCGCCAAAGCCAUGCUCGUCACCUCGGCCGCGAAGCCCUACCCGGCCGGCUCCAUCAUCGGCACCGCCUCCGUCGCCGGCCUGCGUUCCAACGCCGGCGGGACCGACUACAGCGCGAGCAAGGCCGCCGUCGUGUCCAUCAUGCAGACGGCCGCCUACCAGCUGUCGGGCACCGGUGUCCGCUGCAACGCCAUCUGCCCGGGUGUCAUCGAGACGGGCAUGACCAAGGCCAUGUACGACGCCGCCCGCGCCCGCGGCACCGAGCGCAAGAUCGGCCAGCUCAACCCGCUGCGCCGCGGCGCCGUCGCCGACGAGGUCGCCCGGGUCGCCCUCUUCCUCGCCAGCGACGAGGCUAGCUACGUCAACGGUCAAGCCUGGGCCAUCUGCGGCGGCUUGAGCGCCGGCCAUCCGUUCGUUCCGGGGAAGUUAGCCACGGCGUUGAAAGCUUAG